AUGAUGUCAUUGAUCAUUCGCUUCCGAACUUGUUCUCCUCAGAUGUAUAUUUUGGGAACACCAAUCGAAGCAAAUCUAUCUAACGGCAGGAACCGAAAGCAGAGAGCCUGGAAAAUCAAAGACACAUGUAAUCUAUCCCUUCAAACGCCUCAUCACACCACAAGAUAUGACUUAGCAAAGAGACUGCUCAAAGAUAAAGUCAGAGAAGCAGAUUACAAUAGCGAUCACCUUGAUAGCCGACUUUGCGAGACAACGAACAGCGUCGCAUGUCCGAGUGGUGGUCAACGCAGACAGUGUCAUGGAAACACCCAUUUCAACAUAGCAGUCACGAUCUUGGCACACGAAUACGACGUUCUGGAGCAGAAAACAAGUGGAAACGUUCUACAUAAAAGCCAAAAGUGCAACUAUGAAGGAAUAAUGCAUCGCUGUGACCAACGAGCUGGAGCCGUAUCAAGAGCUAUCCGGCAGAUGGUCAUUGUUGGAAUCGAUGCAAAUGCGAAGAUAGGACUUGAACAGCAAUCCGAUGUGCACCGAGAUAUUAUCCAGCGAGAGCGCACAUUGGACAACGGUGACCGUCUGGUGGACUUAUGUGAACAGACGAGCCUCAUCGUCACUUCCACGUUUAAUAGGAAUUAUCGACGCUAUCAGCUCACGCGGCAAGGUUUAACGCUUUUAACGCCUGAAGAGCAGCGCAAGCUCUCGUCAGGCGUUAAAAGAGCGUUAAAAGAUGAGGACUCAAACUUCAGCUCAACUACAUUCUGA